GCUUUCACGAGACCAAAACACAUAUAUGAGAGCAGCUUGAUUCUUUGCGCAUAGUCCUCGUCGUCCAUCUUCGAAAAUCUAGAAUCUCUUUAUUGUUAUAACCAUUCACUGUGGCAGCACCUGAGACAUCAACGAAAUAAAUUCACGUGCAGAAAAUAGAAUACAAAAAUAAAAAAAAAAACAAAUCCCCCUCUUAUUCACUAUCGUCAUCAUCAUCAUUAUCUCUCGUCUCACUUUUUUUUUCUCCUGCGGCAGCAAAAAAGUGAAAUUUUUUCGGAAAAAUUCACUUUUAGAUUGACCCUAUCCUUAAGUCUUAAUUGACCUCACGAGUGUUGUCGCGAUUCUAAUUAAAGUUCGCACUCCCAGGCGAAGGCUAGUAAUAAAAGAGCGUCAUUUGGAGUGUGUGCGUGAUUUUUUUUGCGUGUGACGACAAAAUUUUCAUUUCCUUCUUUUCAUUCCAAAAAAUAUUUUUAAUUUCAUUGUUUCUUCUUUUGUGCUCUUCCUAUAAGCUCGUGAAUAUUGAAAAAAAAUUUCCCCAUAUAUAUUUCUGAGAGAAAAGUGAUUUUGUAUAAUUAUUCUUCACGUUAAUUUAACAUGCAGUGCGUGGCUGUUUUUUAGCACCUGUUCAAUAGCUGCGACCUUGCGUGUAAACCGAAAGAGCUGAAGUAGAACCGUUCGCCGCAUGGGUGCCUGGGUUAGUGAUCGUGUCGUGGAGGAGGAGGUGGUCCUGAGAAUUCAGGAUACGUGGAAUUGGACGACAACAAUUCUGGGUACCAUCUGCGAUGGUGGCGGCGGUCAACACGAGACCAGGUCUUCCUUGUCCCUGUUACCGCUUCGUCGUCAAUUUACUCGACAGCUCUACGAGUGGCCAAUUACACCUUUAUUUAAAUCAAGGACGAAACUAGUCAAUUUUUAAGUUUAAUGAUAAAGAAAUAUUUUGUGAUUUGUGUGAUAAAUAUAAUCGUUUAAGCGUCGACCGAAGUUUUCAAGGAAGAGUAAAGGAAUCGAAAACGAAAGAAUUCCCCCCACACACCCCCUUUAUUCUCAAAAAUCGUUCGUCUCCCCUUUACCCACCAAGAAAAAAUAAAUUCACAACACACACCCCCAACAAAUUCACAAUUCGAAUUCACAAUGGCCGAAUGGAAAUUCUUCAAUGGCGAGAAAACGAAUCCAAUAUUAACCGAGAAUGACGAUAAUAAUGAUGAUGACGAUGAAGAUGAAUUGUCGAAAAUUGGAAAAAUUUCCGUUCAACUUGUAUUUCCUGAAGAAAAUCUCAAUUAUAGAUUAAUUCAGGAGAGUAAUAAUGAUGAGAAGGAGAAAUUUAUUGAAAUUGAUCCUAGUGAUCAGGAAUCGGGUUUGCAAAUUCGUAUAGAAGCUCUUAAGGAAUUGAAGAAUUUGGAACAACAAAAUUCACCUAAACGACCAGAGAGUCUCUAUAGGGAGGAUUCACAAAAAUUGAAAAAUGUUUUUACAGAGAGAAAUACAAUUUUUGGUUCGCCACCACGUUUACUUGUGGUUAAUAAUCUCACUAUUAAUGAAAAGAGUACGGAGAAAUUGGUUAAUGGUAAAUCGCCAAAAGACGAAAAGCAAGUACUUCAUGUUCAAUUCAAUAAGGAGUCAAAUUGUAAAAAUCAGAAUCAGAAUCAGAAGAUUAAUCAAAAGACAAAUAUCUCAUUAUCGACGUCAAGUUCAAGUAGUUCGGAGGAUAAUUCGAGUUUGGAAAAUUUCUCCGAACCAAGACCACCUGAUGGAGGUUGGGGUUGGGUUGUUGUUGCGGCAUCAUUUAUGGUGAAUCUAAUAGCCGAUGGUAUUACAUUUUCAUUUGGUGUAAUCUUUGUGGAAUUUGUCAAGUAUUUUGGUGAGGGAAAAUCGAAAACCGCUUGGAUUGGCAGUCUAUUUAUGGCGAUGCCAUUGCUUUCGGGACCAAUUGCUAGUUUUUUAACAGAUCGUUACGGUUGUCGUAAAGUCUCGAUAGUCGGUAGUAUUUUAGCGACAACUGGCUUUGUCAUCAGUUCGUUUGCAAAUUCCAUGUGGAUUAUUAUUUUAACGUUUGGUGUUAUCUCGGGUUUUGGUCUCUCGCUCUGUUUUGUGGCGGCGGUUGUUAUUGUCGCUUACUAUUUCGAUAAGAAGCGUUCAUUUGCCACCGGACUUUCGGUUUGUGGAAGUGGAAUCGGAACCUUUAUUUUUGCUCCCCUUACUCAGUAUCUCUUGGCUGAAUAUGGCUGGCGUGGUACGACGCUAAUUCUCGCGGGUUUGUUUCUAAAUCUCGCCGUGUGCGGUUGUUUAAUGAGGGAUUUGGAAUGGACGACGACGAGAGCAAAGGCGAAAACUGAGGAGAGGAGGAAAAAUCGAGAGAAGAAAAGAUCGAGAAUACAGAGUUCGAGUGCUGAUUCGUUUUCGGCCAGUAGUUCGGCGAAUACAACAACACAAACGCCGCACGGUGAUGCAAAACGUGGUUUCGCCUCGGCGAAUGCAAUGAUUAUUGAGAAUUUACGCGUGCAGGACGAUGAGGACGGGGGGAAAUUGUUUUCCAGUUUGGUGAAUUUGCCGACGUUUGUGAAGAAUGGCGAGAAGGUGCCAUUGGAAGUUUUGGAAUUGUUGAGUACGAGAAAGAAUGUUUACAAUGUUCUACUGCAGAAUUAUCCGAGUCUUUUGAUAUCGUCGAGAAGUUUUAGUGAUUCGGGUGCACUUCAUGAUCAGUUGAGUAUUCCGUCGGCGAGAUUUGUACCAACACCGAGUCCAUUGGUUGAUCCGAAGCAGAGUUCUACCAAGGAGCAUGGUGAGAAAAGUUGUCGACAGAAUAGUGAUGCUGCAUAUCUUUGGUGGUUGAAGAAAAUUAAUACCGAGAGUCCAUUGAGACGUUCUAAUAGUUUACAGCACAGUAAAAAAGAACCAACGGCUUAUUUAAAGGAUAUACGUGUGCACAGACAUAGUUUAACUUACAGGGGAGCUAUGCUCAAUAUCAAUAGAUAUCGAUUGAGAGCGUCUAGCUGUCCCGAUAUUUAUCGGAAUUCAAUGACAACAAUUGCUAAAACAAAAAGUGUUUGGUAUGCCGGUCUUUGGGAAUUUUGGGAUUUGCUUGUCGAUAUGCUGGAUUUUUCUCACUUUAGUGAUUCAAGAUUUUUGCUCUUCUCUAUCAGCAAUUUUCUUCUACAUUUUUGGUACGAUGUGCCUUAUGUGUAUCUCACCGAUAAUGCCAUCGAAAUGGGCUUCAGUCAGAAGGAGGCGUCGAUUCUUAUUUCGGUUGUUGGCAUCACUAAUAUGGGAGGAGAGAUAUUCCUUGGCUGGGCUGGCGAUCGAGCUUGGGUGAAUACCUCAAUGGUGUAUGCGGUCUGUAUGUUUCUCUGCGGUACUGUAACGGCGAUGAUUCCCUUAGCGGUCAACAACUAUCCUGCACUAUGUGCAAUUUCCGGUGCCUUCGGACUCUUCAUCGCUGCAAACUACAGUCUUACUAGUAUUAUUCUCGUUGAAGCCAUCACCCUGGAGAGAUUCACUAAUGCCUACGGUCUCCUUCUACUUGUUCAGGGCAUCGCCAAUCUCAUGGGACCUCCACUUGCUGGUUGGCUUUAUGACAUCACAGGCUCUUAUGACUGGUCCUUUUAUCUGGCGGGAUUUUUCAUAGCUCUCAGCGGAACAAUGCUAAUAGUUAUGCCACUUGUGGACAUAUUUCGCAGAUGCUGCUGUACAAAACGAAAAGAGGAAUCAGGACAAUUUUCUGACAUCAACAGUGUUUGAAAUACAAUAGGGAAUAAUAAUUCUGAGAAUUGAAAGAUAUAAGCGACAACAAUAAUAUUAUAUAUAAAUAAAAACACUUCCAAGCAGGAAUUGCGAAGCGUCUUUGUGUAUUUCAAGGACGAUUGAAAAUCGUCUUAUUAGCAAUAUUAAUUUCUUUUUUUACAUUUCUUCUUAUAUACAUAUAAACAUCCGAGUCCAUGGAAUUUCACCUAGUUCCUUCCGUAGAAAGAGAGAGAAAAAACAACGUUAGUUAAUAAGUAUAAUUAGCCGACGAUAAUUACACAAUUUUUUAAUACUUCGCUAAUAAUUAUACAAAAACGUCGGAAUAUUCUUUUUUAUAUAGUGAACAAAAAAUAGCACACCAAAAAUGUAGGUUGCUAAACGACCUUUUUCAAACGUUUGAAAAUUGCCUGCCUCGAAAAUUCCUUUUGUAUAUAUGAAAGGACGCAAUUUUUUUUUUCCAUUUUUGUCAGUAUGAUGAAAAUGUAUUAACAACGUAAUUUAUUAUUGUCAUCAAUCACUUUUGAGUGUUUCGUGAUAGAAAUUGCGUAAAAAGAAAAAAUUAGAGCAAGAAGCUUGCAUAGUAGUUAUUCGAUUCUGAGUGACUCGUACGGUGUACAUUUUUUUUCUCUAAAAAAUUUUCUCGAACAACUGAUAAUUGGUGAUGAAAAUAGAAAUUUGAUCAUUGACAAGAAAUAUUGGAAUAAUAAUUGCAAUCUGCAAUAAUAAAAAUUUAUUUUCUUUUCAUGAAAAAUAAAUUUAUUUAUUAUAAAUAAAUUGAUAAUUUAAAAAAAAAUUAUUGCAAAAUUAAAUUUUUUUAUUUGUUGUAAAUAAAUAAUAAAAUUGAGGUUGAUACAACAAAAAUAAGAGAUUUUCCGAGUCACUCAAAAAAAAAAAAUAUACUAACGAGUUCCGAAUCUCAGGAUAAUUUUCGCUGCCACAUACUAGAGUGGUGGCAUCCUCGAAGUUUAUAAAGUAUUCUCUUAGGUUUUUGCUGUUAAAUUUUUUCCUUGUUCUGCUUUAUGAGAAUUUGAAAAUCUGGUUAUAAAAAAAGACAAUAUAGAAUCAGAGUGUUUAAAAAAUAAUUCAAUUUAAAAAAAAUUUCCUCUUUGAAAAUUUCAAAUUAAAAUCUUACAAAUUAUUAUUAUAGAUGAGGAUUUAUUCAAAUCACAUUUUUCCUCAAAAGGAAACUGAAAUUAGCGAGUUUGCUGAUUAACAAAUUUUUAAAACUUAAAAAA